UAUACCAUAGUACAUUAGUACCCCCACACACCCCUCUAUCUUUCACUAUUAUUGCCACACACAAAUCAAUUAACUGAAUUCUUAGACAGAGAAAGAGGAGUAGUACUAGUGAUAAGGUGAUCAUAAUAGAGCAUAAUAUAAGAGAGUGAAAACUCAUGGAGGUUGGCCUCAACAAGAAGGAGAACAUGGGGUUUGAGGAAACUGAGCUAAGGCUUGGACUGCCUGGAAACGUAGGAGGCACUGGCACUGAAGAAGUGCUCAUCAGGAAGAGAGGUUUCUCUGAGACUGAAACUGAAACUGAGGAGGAUGAGUCUGCUACCACUGUGGAUUUGAUGCUUAAUCUUUCUUCUAAGGAAGCUGCUGCUGCUGCAGAUCCAACUGAUAAGCACAAGACUUUGCCUAAGGAGAAGACUCUUCUGCCUGCAGAUCCUGCUAAGCCUCCAGCCAAGGCACAGGUGGUAGGUUGGCCACCUGUGCGGUCCUUCCGGAAGAACAUGUUAGCUGUACAAAAGAGCGUCGGAGAAGAGAACGAGAAGAACAGCAGCAGCCCUAAUGCAAGCUUUGUCAAAGUUAGCAUGGAUGGAGCACCUUACCUCCGCAAAGUGGACUUGAAGAUGUACAAGAGUUACCGAGAGCUCUCUGAUUCUUUAGGCAAAAUGUUCAGCUCCUUCACCAUAGGCAAUUGUGAAUCCCAAGGAAUGAAGGAUUUCAUGAAUGAGAGCAAGCUGAAUGAUCUUUUGAACAGCUCUGAUUAUGUCCCAACCUAUGAGGACAAGGAUGGUGACUGGAUGCUUGUCGGUGAUGUCCCAUGGGAGAUGUUUGUUGAAUCAUGCAAGCGUUUACGCAUCAUGAAAGGAAAGGAGGCCAUUGGUCUUGGUCUUGCACCAAGAGCCAUGGCAAAAUCCAAGAACAGGAGCUAGACUAGUCGCACAAUUCAUGACCUGCCCCAUCCUUUGUAAUUGCGGUGCCCAGUUGGCUUAGUUACUAAAGUAAGGAUAAUUAAGCUGCAGCAGACACGGAUGGACAUUGCUAAGUGGUUGAAUUAUAGUUAAUUUGUGUCAUUAUGGUUUGUUAUAAUAUUUCAUCAAACAAAACAAUGAGAUGCAUGUCUAAUUAAGUACUAAUCAUGAACAGGAACAUAAUGACUCUCAAUCAUGUUGUUAGACUUGGCUUUCUUAUAUAUCGAUCUUUGCUUGUUUUGUGUGAGUGCUUCUUAAUACGAGUAAUAAUUUUAAGACGUA